UUACGAAAAUAGAUCAAUUUUUUGAAAUAUAAUGACGGUUUAAUUAUCUUUGAUUUUCUUAUUAAAAUGCAGAGGAUUUUGCCCGGGAAGUACGGAUCUAAAAUUAAUGUUGCUAUUGUUGCUUUAAAUUCGUUCGUCGCUGGAUUGUGUGCGGCAUGGCCUUCGGCCAUUUUCCCCAUCAUAAUCAACAAGAGCCACCUGGUCCAUCUGAAUUUGGACGAGAUCUCGCUGAGCGUGAUAUUCCUUUACGUGGGCCAGUUGGUUUCGCUUCUUCCUUUCUCGACCGUCGAGAGCGCAAUAGGAAAAGCCAAGACGCUCGAAUUCGGCAUCAUCUUUGCCAUCCUCGGCUGGGUGGUGAUCAUACUGUUCGUGAAUAACCUCGGGAUCUACUUCGCCAUGUUGUUGUUCGGUUGUUGGCUGACUAUAUGUUUUCUCUCGAACGGGCCUUACCUGGCGGAAGUGUCGCCGCCGAGGUUGAGAGGGAGGACUCUGGCACUCAUGUCCAUCUUCUACAUGCUAGGGGCCAUCACUGAAAUCACGAUGUCGAUUUUCUUGUCCUACAAAGGCCUGGCGUUGGCUAACUUCGCUCUGACGAUCUUUCAGUUCUCACUUCUGUUUUCGCUGCCUGAGACGCCUUAUUACUAUCUGAGGAAGUACAACAUAAGGACGGCUUUCCAAAGAUUUGAGUGGUUCAGAGGCAGUGGUCCAUCGAAUAAAAAAGAAUUUGACGACGCCGUGACGUUCACGGAGAAACAGAUGAAUGCUUCGUCCAAGUUGACCGACGUCUGCCGAGACUUCUCGACCAGAAAGGCCUUAUUCUUUUCGCUCACAAUGGCAUGUUUCCAAAAGACAUCCGCGAACACGCCGCUACAGACGUACUGCGGCAUUCUGCUCCCAAACAGCUUCAUCAAGUCCGCAAUGUUUCCUCUCCUCUUCUUCUCUGUUUCGGCAGUCUUCAACAUCCUGUCCGCGCUGUUCAUCGACAGGUUCGGGAGAAGGAAACUUCUGCUCAUAUCGGCGUCAGGGUCUUGUACACUCUCGAUUUGCUCAGCUGUCUGGUUUUUUGUACAGGAAAGGACGCACACGGUCUUGAAUGAACAUUACAACUUCAUCCCCUACAUGACUCUAAUCUUGGAAACGGCGUUUUACUCGUUAGGAGUACAGUACAUACCCGGUGUGAUCAACGGCGAGUUAUUCGCUGUCCAUAUAAAGUCAAAAGCACUCAGCAUAAUAUCGCUCGUGCAGAUCACUGUCAAUAUAAUCAAUUCGAAGAUAUUCAUCGUCCUCGUACAGAACAAGCUGACGUUUUUAAGUUUCACCGUCUACUCGAUCGUGUCCGCCGUGUCCUUCUUCUACCAUGUGUCAAUCUUCGACACUAAAGGGAAAACGUUAGAGGAAAUUUACAAUCAUUUUGAAAGGAAGGGCCGAAGAAGGUCGACGUUGGUGGCGAACCUCCUGCCCCAGAAGGACGGCGGGUCCAUCCUACCCAGCGAAGAACGAUUCGAGGACGAAAAACAGGAGACGUCGACCCCGAAGGACGGCGGUGUGUAUCGACUCUCAUGGACCUUCGGCAACGUUUCUUCUGACAUCCACGUGCCUUACCGAAAAAGAUCGUCGAGUGUGCCGAACUCUCCUUCGGUUCAAACAGAAAAAAGCAGAUCGCCGAGUCCUGUCCGAUUGAAGCCAUUAACAACCCAGAAGAACGAACCUAACACCAAGUAAAAGCACACUUUAUGAAAAAAAUAAUAAAAUCACAUUAGCCA